AUGGCUGAUGGGUGGGCGGAAAACAGGCUCGUCGAUUUCGAUCUUUGGUCAGCUGGUGCUGGUGUUUCCGCGCAUGGAAAGCUAUCUCUCGAUGAGCGACUUGCUUCAAAGCCAAAUAUUAGAGAUGGUAUCGUUAGACUCAUAAAUCUUCUCAAGGUUUUCAUCGACGAAUGCCAAGGAAAGGAGAACGAUGAGAACGCUGAAAUCCUGCACGAAAAGAAUUCUAUUGAUAAAAUCGGUCUGGAUAUAGACGAAGUAGAAUCUGGGAGUGAUGACAUGGACCGUGACGAAGAUCCUCUUGAGUCACAAUCGAGAAGAGAGCAAGAAGCAAAAAGCAAUGUCGAGCUUAUGCUAGGCCAGAUUAUUGGUGUGACCGUCGCGAUCCGGAAAGCAGGCUCUAGUUCGAGAUUAUUAAGGGCAGAUAAGACUUUUAACCCACAAGUUCCGGUGCUUCAAGAGCUUAAAGCGUUUCUAGAGCUAGUCAUAUAUCCAACGGGGCUCAAAACGAGUGAUAACCCGCUAUCAGAGGUCCAAAAGCGGCUGAUUGACGUUAAUUUACGAUGGAGGAACCGAUAUCUAUAUGCUAAAGAGCACUCCAAAAGACUUGCGUCAUCUAGGGGCGCAAUUGAUGACUGGCAUGGGGAAAAAGAACUUUCGUUUGAGCAGCCUACAACAGACCCGACUACUUCCAGCCAUGGAACCAAAGGUCCCCAAUUACCAACCAUUACUUCUUUAAAAGCGGGAUUGGUAAGAGGAGACCCUUGUAAGGACCCCAAAAUGGCUAUACCAGCAAGUACUACGGCGUCUGCAAUCGAGGGCACUGUUGUUGUAUCAAUGGCUAUGGCAAGUGUAACCAGAGGUCCGGGCCCUGCUACAGAAAUAUCACGUAUAACCUCAAAGAUUGUGUACCCCAACCCUCCGCCAGUUCAACGAGAUAAGCAAGCAUUUACAUGUCCUUGCUGCUGCAAAUCACUACCCGUCUCUUUAACAGAACGGAGCCAAUGGAAGAAGCAUAUUGCCGGGGAUGUUUGUCCUUAUACAUGCCCUUUCCUAGAAUGCUCUCAACCUUUCCAAACAUAUGUUUCUCGCGCGGAGUGGGAACGUCAUAUUAAAAGUGAACACUCCAAAGUCUGGAAGUGUUUUAUCUGCCAUGAAGUCAACAAAUAUGUUGAGCUGAGCACCCAAAAUGAAAUGGAAAGUCACCUAAGAGCCAUACAUGGUGAUGCUGUUGAGGAGAGUGAGAUAUCGUUAUUCGCAGAUGCAUCUUCCUACUCGAAAACCCCGGAGUUACAGUGUCCCGUAUGCCCUGGAGUUCACGACGAAACUGACAAUCUUGAACAUAUUGCCCGCUGUAUUCAUGAUUUCUCGUUAAGGUCACUUCCUUUUUCAUCCGACAGUAACCCGGCAGAAGAAGAAUAUUUCGCCGAAACCAGCAGCCAUAAUUAUGGCGACUAUUCCGACUCGUCAUCGGUCUUCAAUCAAAGCGAUUCUGAAGAGCUGCUAGAUCUAUCCUUUGAGAGUGAUUCGAAGCUACUCGAUGGAUUAGGGCUCACUGAGCUAACAGCCGAGGGUUUGGAGUCUCUAUCACAGUCUUUAGGUGAUCUGGGCGCCCUAAACGCAUCUGUCACUUAUCCUGGAACAGUAGAACAAUGGAUACCACCUCAAGACUUGCCCCAUAUCCAGAUCUGGAAGCCUCAAAGCUUGGACGAUCAUUUGCAUUCCGACCGUCAGGAUAUUAUGAGCUGGCUUUGCCCGAUUGAUUAUCAGGAACGAUUUAGAGAGAGACUGCCUCGAAACUUCAAGGAAACUGGGAAGUGGCUUCUGGGAGGUCGAACAUUUCAAUCCUGGCUGCAGGGUAAAAAUACAAUGCUGUUCUGUUCUGGAAUACCAGGCUCUGGGAAAACGACAAUUUCGUCGGUUGUGGCUAGUCACAUAAUGCAACUCUGCGCCGAGGACAAAUUUCCGGAUGACAGGACGGGAAUAGCAGUCUUAUGCUGUCGCCUUGAAGAUGAAAGAAAAUAUGGGCUGCGCGAGUUGCUUCUUUCAAUCGUCGGACAGUUGGCGAUGUCGCAGCCGACUGUUCCUGAUUCUAUCAGGGAUUUAUAUUUUCGAUAUACAUCAAACCCAGAUACGCCACUUUCCGCAUCAGAGAUUUCUGACGAGAUUUCUGUUGCGAUAAAAGAAUUGUCGCGAGUUUUCAUAAUUGUCGAUGGCCUAGAGCAGAGCCAUGAACUCAAUGUUUUCGGAAGCUUUUUAGUAAUAAUGGGUAACAAUACAGCGAAUUGGAGUCCUAGAGUACGACUCAUGAUGACGGUACCGGCCGGUCUCGAUGAGCUCGGGUUACAAUUUUUAGCCAUACCGGUAAAAGUGAAACCGCAUCGAGAAGAUGUAGAAAUAUAUCUUAACAGCCAAACUCCAUAUCUACCAAAACCGCUUUGCCAUGAUCUCAAACUGUGGGAGAAGGUUAAAUCCCGAAUUUUGAGUGUAACUCAUGAAAAAUGGGUGGCGAUUGAGUCCCAUAUCAACGCUGCUACCCAAGUCAAGACUCCUGAAGAGUGUAUCAGGACCUUGGCUGCAUCUGAUAUUUCUAACGAGGAAGAUGAACUUAACGCGCUAUAUGAUAAUUUCAUUGAAAUAAUCAACGCACAGGAGGAUUAUGUCCGCUCACUGGCACAAUCGGCACUUCUUUGGGUGGUGAGUGCGAAAAGGCCACUCUCAUCGAAUGAACUUAGGUACAUCUUAGAGUGGAAGCUUGGAUCAUUGGGAUCUAAUACGCAUUGCAGCGUGCGAAUAAAGGACGCCUUGGCUGCUUGUUUUAAUUUAAUUACGGUCAGCCCGGACAACGAUACUAUUCAGUUAGCCCACCACAGCGAAAACGAUUAUCUUCUGCGCUAUUUUUCGUCGCAGUUCAAUGAUACCGGAGAUCAUGAGAUCGAGAUUGCUAGAUCUUGUCUUCUAUAUUCUCUUGAGAGUAAAUCAUUUAACCAGAUAAAUCAGCCUCCAGCCGAAGACAUUGACUACGUGCCCCUCCGAGCGGCUUACCUGUUUGGGAAUUGGCCCUUUUUAAACUAUACGACUUCCUACUGGGCGGAACAUCUUAAAAGCGUACAAGAGAAAAUCUCAGAUGUUGCUAUACGUUUUUUAACCGAUCCUUGGACGGUUUCCCUUGCGGGCCAGGCAUUUUGGGGAUCAUCAAACUCAGGAUACAAGGGAGUACAUUUAGCAGCAUAUUGUGGGCUUGAGCACAUAUUGGCUCUUCUUUUAGGAGACCGGGCCAUAGUUUUUUCAGAUGACAGAGGUUGGACACCACUUUGUUAUGCUGUGCAAGGCCGUCAACCCCAAACGGUAAAAUGGUUGCUUGAAUUCGGCGCUCGUGCAGAGGAAAGAGAAAAAACUCGGCUAGCUACACGAGAUACGAUUCGAAGGGCUACAGCCUUGAACAUAGCUAAGGAAAUUUGUGACGAAGAAAUUAUCAGCAUUUUGACAUUGAACAUGGAGGAACAGGCAAAUACUCGAAUUAGGUCUGACGAACUAGAAUUUUCACCAAGACCGAGGUUCCGCUGUAGAUUCCCCGGCUGCGAAUUUCAAUACAUCACUAUGGACAGUUUCCGGAAACAUGAGCGGAAUUGCAUGUACAGCUCCGGUUCGAAAAUUUAUGUCGCUUCCUGUCUAUACCCAGGUUGUCACAGUGCCAGGAGGAGCCCUAACAAAAUAACGGCUGUGAACAAUCUGAUGUUGCACCAAAAGGCCGCUUGCAGAAAUAGGAGACACGAUUCCUGGCUUCUUGAUGCAGACAUAGAUACUAGAUUGAAGGUUGAGUAA